AUGACGGAUGGGAGCAGUGGGGGUCCAACAUUGAAGGGGUAUACAAAGUAUAAUGCUGAUGAGUGUAGAAGGAAAUAUUCUGCACAUAUCUUGAAUCUAAUUGUAACUGAGGGGUUGAAAGAUGUCGAUGACUCGGUUGCACGAGUUAGAUUGGCUAUGAAAUUUGUGAGGUCUUCUCCUUCUAGAUUGGAGAAAUUCAAGAUUGCUGCAAAGAGAUUUGCGCAUGAUCAGGCAUGGACUAAUCUUAUUGGUGAGAUGACCCGAGAUACCCUUUAUAAAUUUUAUGACGAGUUUAAAGCAAUUAAGGGUGGUACUGCAUCUACUACACUUACAGCUACCACAACACCUCCUCUAUACACCGAGGCAACAAAGAAGCGUAGAUUGGCAUGGACUAAGACCCUCGCACAUAAUCUCACACUAGUCCAUCAAUCUACAAAGGUAGUUUCAGAGUUAGAUAAUUAUUUGUCAGGGGAUCUUAUUCAAGAUGAUGAUGAUUUUGACAUAUUAGGAUGGUGGAAGGCAACAUCAAAGAAAUAUCCCAUCCUCUCUGAGAUUGCCCGUUGUAUAUUGGCCAUCCCUAUUAGCACCGUUGCCUCGGAGUCUGCCUUCAGUACUGGAGGGCGCAUAUUGGAUCUUUUCCGUAGUUCAUUGUCUCAUACAACUGUAGAGGCAUUGAUAUACAUACAGAGUUGGACGAUGGGAAAAGAUAUUUAUGUUCCAGAUGUUUUAGAUUUUAAAGAGACUGACGAAGAGGGUGGUGAUCAGUCUAGAUCUGGACCAUCUGAAACACAUGAGACGACUCAGACGAUGUCUACCUCUACUGCAAUAUGAAUAUGUGCUCAAGCCUCAAAAGACAACCCAUCCGGCCGCCCCAAAUGUCACAGUCAAAGACCCAAACAGCUCGCCUCUUUUUUUAGAUUAUUAAUUUAUUAGAAUAUUGAAAUUUGAAUUAGUUGUACGUAUUAUCUAUUUGAUUUGUAAUUUUGUAAUCUUGAUACAAUGUCCCUUGGACACUUUUUGAUUUUGUAAUUUUGUAAAUGUUUAGACUUUCCAUUUUAAUUUUGUAAUAGCAUAGUUAUUAUUAUUAUUUUUUAGUUUAUUAGGUAGUAGACUUGUAG